AUGGGCGCAAGCAACCCUAAACUUACUCCACAAGAGCAGAUGAGAGAGCACAGACGUGGCCUAAAAAGAGCCAUGAGAGAGUUAGACCGUGAGAGAACACAUCUCCAAAUGGAAGAAAAAAAAUUAAUCGCAGAAAUUAAAAAGCUUGCAAAGCAAAACCAAAUUGGCCCGCUGAAAGUCAUGGCAAAAGACCUUGUCCGCUUGAGACGCCACGUUCAGAAAUUUUAUGAAAUGAAAUCGCAGCUUCAAGGGGUCGAUUUAAGGCUCCAGACCAUGAGGUCGACUCAAGCUAUGUCAGAAGCACUAAGAGGUGUCACACCGGCCUUGGUCGCUUUUAACAAGCAGAUGAACUUGCCUGAGCUGAACAGGAUGAUGCAAGAAUUUUAUAAGGAAAACCAGAGAAUGGAAAUGACUGAAGAAAUGAUGGGAGAAGCUGUAGAUAUGGCGUUGGAUAAUCCCAACGACGUAGAAGAAAGUGAUAACGUAGUCAACCAAGUUCUCAGUGAACUUGGUGUUGAAGUUGCAGCUUCGUUAGAAAGUGCUCCAGCUGGCAAACUUAAUAAGCCUGUAGUUGAAGAGUCCAAAGAACCUCAAAUGGCAGAUUUGGGUGCAGAUCUAAUAAUAGUGCCUUUUUGAUAGUGUAUGUUUCAUCGAAGCACUUAAAAUAUUGUAACCAUUUUGCCUAAAUUUAACGGUUUUUUCGGGUCAAAUGUCUCACUAUCAAAAAUGAUUUGAACAAAUUUUGCCCUAGGAGAUGUCUCACUAUCAAAAUCCACAGUCAUUUGACAGGGAGCCAGCAGAUUUAGAGUCUAGAUUCAACGCACUAAAAUAA